GCACAUUCAAGUUAACAAAAUGGGCUUCCACAUGGGACGACAGCUGCUGCUCUCCGGAUUCCUGCUGGUGAUGCUUCAAGUGGUGACCCAAACGCAGGCCAGGCCACAGGAUGUAAUCACGGUUGCCAACGAGGAGACAGAGGUGGUGAUCAAACAGGAAGGAGAUGGCGAUGGCGAUGACGAUGACUCCUCCUCUGAAGAAACAGUUGAGGAUUCGGAGGAAAACAGACGCAGGCGGCGGGAGCUGAUCACGGACAAUGCACCAUCGGCUCGAGCGGCCAUUCCAGGUUUGCCAGAUCCGGCCACCAUAAUCAAGAUCGCUGAGCUUUUUCAAUCCAUAGGCGAGCAAGUGGUGCCAAUUCUUGUGGAGGCCGUUCUGCCCAGUGUGGAUGAAGCCGGCGAUCGCUUUGCUAGAUCCCUAAACUUCCUGAAAAACUUGAAUCCCGGCACGGAAUUGUUUGCCACCGAGAAGAACGAAUAGUCCAGCAACUUUAUAACGGCUUAAAUUGAAGGAAUCGAAAUGGAAUUUGAUUGACUUUGGUAUCUGGAUAUUUCACGGUUUUUAAAGUUCCUAAAACAUAGCAUUGUAAAAAGUUUAAUAAUUAUUUUAUAAAUGUCAAAUGUAUUUACUAUCUGAAUUUAAAAGUUUUGAAACUUCA